CCGUCAAAGUUAACAUUUUGAAUGAGCCGAGUUAGGUGUGCAAUCAGUGUCGUCUGCUCACCGUGACAAGAAGUCUGAUUAUCAAAAAAUCAUAGGAUGGAUUUAUCGCGUAUUUUUUGUGUUUUUAUAGUGGUUGGUGCUGUAGGAUCUGCUAGAGUAAAGAAAUUUCCAACCUAUAUUGAAAAAUGUCGUCAGAGCGAUGUAAACUUUGAAAAAUGCCUUCUGAAAGCGGUCCAGAAUGCCAAGGCUCAUCUGCAAGAGGGCAUACCGGAGUUUCGUUUACCGAAAAUGAAUCCUUUGAUCAUACCCGAAGUUGGAUUAGAUGCUGGGGCAGGAUUUAUAGCUCGAUUUGAAAACGUGGAAAUUUAUGACGCAGACAAAUUCACCAUUAAGAAGUUUGACGUAAGUUUGGAAGAUAACAAAGUGAAAUUUGAUAUGUCCUUUCCGUUCAUAAGGAUAAAGGCGAAUUACUACAUAUUCGGGAAAGUUUUGUUCUUUAAUUUGGACGGGUCUGGACCGGCGGAUGGAAAUAUUACAAAUUGUAGAGUAGUUGCCACAAUGAACGGACAAAGGUACUAUCAACAAGACAAACAAUACCUUAAACUAACAGAAACCGUAAUUGAGGACAUCGACUUUGGAAAACCGAAUUUCCGAUUUUACAACUUGUUUAGGAACAAUCCGGAAUUAACCGAACAAACGAACAAGAUCCUGAACGCCAACAUGCAGGAACUUUUAAACGAUUUAAGACCGACCCUGGAACAGACCAUCGGGAAAACCGUUUUGGAGUUCAUCGGGAGAGUUUUCGCCCGGUUUUCGAUAGACGAACUUUUCCCAAAAUAAUUGGAUUUAAUUAAAAUUAAUUAUGUUAUGUUCCUUGUACAUAAAUAAGUAAAUUAUGUAGGUUUUGGAUAGUGCUAUAAUAAAGUUUAAUUAUUUAUAAUUAUGAGGCAAUUUUGAAACGUUAUUGCUCGCGUAUAUUUGCUCACAAAUAUUUGUCAUUAAAGAGUGCUAAAAAAUA